CGCAUCCCUCAUGCUUACAUUCAAACUUCUUCUCCGCAUCACCUUUCCUGGUCCUCUUCCGUCUCUUGACAGUGUCGCCUUGAGACUGCGAAGGCUCGCCACUGUCAUGCUGCUGGUCAUGGCCUUCAUGGGAAGCAUCCUGUCCCUCGUCGUGACCUCGCCGACGGUUUUGAGCUAACGAAUCAACAUCUGCCAUUGAUUCGACAGCCAGAGUCAUAAGCAGAAGGGGGGCAGAAGGAGAUAAAAGUUGACUAUCUAUGAAUCUAUGUAGGUGCCCGUGUCCAAUGGUUAACAGGAGCGCGACUUUACACACACUACCCAAUGCCCUUGCUGCAGUCUAUAGGAAUGGUGUAGGAGCCUCGAACGCCCAUCAGAGCGCGAGGGUGGAAGGGCGGCGUGUGAGGGGGAGGGGGAUCCGGCGCAAAACGACAUCAACCAGGACGCGCUGGAGUGCGACAUACGAGGAGUGGAGGAGACGCUGUCAAUAAUAAAUAAUAGCCAGAUAUAAGCGCUCGAACCGGUUGUGUGUCAAAGAGAGGAGACAGAGAGCUGUAGCGAGAGAGACGAAGACGACGAUGAUUGACGCCGGAAGAAUGAAGCAUGAAAAUGAAGAAGAGGUUGAAGCUGAGAGAAAGGAAGAAAGAAAACGUCGACCUUCGACGCUCGCUGGGGAGAACCGCCAAAGUUACUAAAUAAGUUAACCUGCUUGGGUGCGGCCUGGUCGGAUUCCAGCUAGGGCAGAACUAACUUUGAUUGCUGAGUUCAGGACUGUUCGUUCAAUUCAAGUCCAGGACAUGCAUACAAUAAUACAUCGCUGGUUAACAUCGUGAGAGCAGCGGCGAGGAUACGAUACGAGCGUCCACUCCGCGAUGGCAGCAAACCACGGCAGCGAGCUCUGGCUGGUUUGGCAGCCGGUGCAGCGGGCAGAUGACCAGGCGCGAUUUUGGCCUUUCUUUGCUUUUUCUUCUUCCAAGCCAACGGAAAUGCUUCCUUUUGCUCUGACCUCUUGUCCUUUCCAAGCCAUGCAUGUACAGUACGGGGUCCCUGUCUAUGCAAGGUUAUACCUAGGUAUACAUGCGACAUGCUGCAUGUUGAUAUAUGCCAAACAAAGAGAAGGACCGGCUUCUACGACACCUACUGUUAUCCCUAGGAGAUAGCAAAAUACAGUUUACAGAUCCCUCGCCACCCUCAACAUCUUGACAUGUUCUUCGGGGCCUGGUUUCAGGUCGUUUGCACGCGAAGUCGUUUGCGCUGGGUAAAAUCAACCCAAUAAUAACCGAUCGGUGACAUUGCCAGAACCCUCUGCGAGAGUUAAUUCUGCUCACCCGAGUUGGAGUCGAGCUAGGAGUCUAGGACAUGGCCAUGGCUUGUCCCCAAUCUUCACAGCAUGAUCCCCAUCAUCGUUAGAGCCAUCGAUCCUAGAUCAUGGUCCCUUGAAUUCCCAUCCCCAUCCCCGCCCGACCCUCUUCCGCUUAAGGGGGUCGAAUCACUAGCCCUAUCAGCCACCAUACCAAGAGAGAAAAUAACUAAUCCGAGGAUAUGAAUGUGAAACACGGACGGGCAAAUCCAAAAUACGCCUCCCUGAUCAUUUCCAUUGCCGAGAGAUGAUCCUCAGUAAAUGACGGGGAGAAAGGCGAAUUAGAUCGCUUUUACUGAACACAUGGGUUCUUGUCAGGGGAUUUGAAUUUCCUUUACUCAUAGAAAUUACAACGUUGACUUCGCGUUCGUCAAAUCGUGCCUUAAAAUCUUCUGCAUCUCAAUUUUACCGCAAGAAUAAUGAAAAAUAUAAUCAGGGAAGUCUAGAGAAGAGGGAAAAGGAAAAGCAAAACAGAGCAAAAGAGAAUCGACUCUCAACCAUUCCCUGCCGUCGUCAGCCUGGACUUGGGUAAGUUACCCAACCAGCUGGUAAGGAGCAAGGAGCUAGGGUAUCGCGGCGCAAAACAGGAUGUGGGGGGACAUAGCAAAUCGAACCCUGAUCGAAUCUUCGAAAGUCAAACAUGGAUGCGGAGAGAGCGAGAACGUGGGAGGGAAGUGGAAUGCAGAAUAAUGAAGCAUAUACGGAGUACAAGGUCCUCUAUCUCUAAUAAUCAAGGCAUCAAAUGUGUUACUUGUGGUAACUACAAGAAAUGCUUAGGAAUGGCAGCUGGUAAACCUACAGUGGCCUAGGCAGGCAUCCAUUGUGUCAAACGAGCCUAUCUGGAUGGCUUGGAGUCGUUCGGAUCCAUAACUGAGCAUAAUUAGCCAGGGUGGAUAAGCUAACUAGUGCCUGUGCAUGUGUAUACUUACUUGUGCGUAAAUUGUAAUGCCCUUUUCUUGUGCGUUAACUUGCUCAAGUAUUAUUUUUAUUAUUAUUAUUGUUUUCCCCAGCAUUUCACUGGCUGAUCAGGGUCAUCAAAAUCUUUGCUCCAUAAUCCCUUCGUCAACCCACCACCCCUCAUCUUUCGCAACUUCGCAAGCCACACUCCAAAUAAUAAUAUCCAGGCUGGAAUAUGCCAUGGCUCAUGGGGAUCCAAAAACAGCCCUUCACAAAACCUUCAAAACAUGAAACCCCCUAGUUUCAUCCAGCAGAUCCUUUAAUAUUUUCUUUUCUGUGCGGAUGGCCUUGAUUGCUAUACCCCCCCCCAUCAGGAGAACUGGCAUACACCUUGUAGCCAAGAACAGAACAUUCAGUAUAAAUUUGGCCCUAUCAACAUCAGCACCGAUUCGCAGAGAAUGGAUUGGAGGACUGAAGCGGAGUGUGAGAAUCCCAUCGCCUAACCUGGAGGGACAAAAAAAAAUAGACACUGGGAGCGCAACGGAGCUGGUGAAGUUACCAGAAAGAAUGGGUCGGUCGAAGAUACAAAUGCAGGUGUUAGUUAUCAUUCAUUUGCAAGGCGGCGGCUCCCAAGCACGGAUUUAGCUUGCCCUAAGCUUGAUAUCUAGUUAUCAUCUGAUGAUGGGCGACAGAAAGGGCGAGGGGAUGACCCCAGUAUUAUUAUCAUUCAUAUUAUUUUGAUACUUUAACUACCCAUGGGGUAAGAUACCAAUGACAAUGACAAGCAGGUAGCAGUGGUUUUGUCCCAGAAGUUCAGACUUGCACCAGCUCACUUCUAUUUCCCUAAAUUGGGGAAAUUAUUGAUAUCAAAAUGACACACAUUGUCUUGGGCACUAGCCAGCUGUGUUUCUAAGAAUUGGAAAGAUGUUUUUUUCAAUGUUGUCAGGAACAAGAGCAGGAGGAAUCCAUACAUCAAGAUACAUGUACAAUCACCAAUAAUACUACCAGCCUCCCUCAGGAACAAACCACAAGAAGGAUAAAGCAGAAACAUCUUAUGCAAUAUGCUGCCUAAAAAUUUUCUCCAGCUGUCCAUCUCUCACCCAAGCACCAGGCGCUGACAUCAAUAAUAAUGGGAUCCUCAAAACCCCGGCACGACAUGCAUAUUUGUUUCCCCCCCAGCCCAGGAAUGAUUUAAUAUUAUGAAAACGACCAAUCAAUCUCCCCUAGGUGAAAACUUUCUUAUUCAGUAAAGAGAGAGCAUUGUCCCGCGGAUUCUAUAGAAUGAUCAGGUAGCGAGACAGCCUUAGGUUGAGGGAGGAAUGAUGGAACGCGGGAAUAAAAACAAAAAAAAUCAAAACUAGUGUACGGAGUACUCCGUAAGGCUUCCCUAGUUACAUAUUCCGGUGCAUAGCAUUUCUAUCCCAAUUUGGGUGUUGUGUCUACUACAUUUUCUCAUUUCAACUCAUCCAAACAACAUUCUGCCGAGUUGGUUCGAAUAUUAAAUGGUGAGAUACUGGGUGAUUGCUUGAAACAAUGCUAUUGUUGUCUUUUUAGGUUUGGCUGCAAGGUAACUUAAUCCUUUCAUUAAUAAUUAUUU